AUAAUCAAGAUGGCAGCGCCCUGCUCGAGGAUGGCGAGUCGUCCUUUAUGGCAAUUUAUUACAAAUGUCAGACGAACGGGGCUAAAACAUACAGGAGUUCGUCAAUUUUCUCUCAGUUAUGCUUGUCGAGCUGCAACUCAGACCAGCAGUAAAACGGAAAGCGUCGCGUCUCCAUGGAAGCUGUACGGGGCGGUGUGUCUCCAGAGGCUGCCUGUCAUAUCACAGGAGCGGAACCCGAUCGAAGACCAAUUCGCUGAGCUCAUGCAUCAGAUGGAGCUGGAGAGAAGCCUGCUGUCGGAACAUGAGCAGAGGCUCCUAGAGGACGCGGAGCGUAUGACUCGUAAACAGGCAGACAACUACGAUUCAGAUGAGGAGGAGGCGGACUACGGUGGCCAGGAGACCAUCACAGCUCAGGACCAGGAUGACACCUGGGAACAGAAUCUCAAACACUUCCAACCUGCUCUCAGAGACAGAGAUGUAGGUGGGACACCGCUGGGCUCAGUGGAGAGGUGUCUAGGAGACAGCCUGGUCCUGCUGGUACAGCAGACUGUCGCUAAAGAGAACAUCUGGCUGCUCCCUCAGGCCCCGUGGGAGGCAGGGGAGACUCUCCGACAGACCGCAGAGAGAGUGCUCAGCAGCCUGCCAGAGGCUGAUUUCAAGGCUACGUUCCUUGGCAACACCCCCUGUGGAGUGUACAGGUACAAGUUCCCCAAAGAUGUCCGGACAGAGAGCUGCGUGGGAGCCAAGGUCUUCUUUUUCAAAGCUUUACUGUCCGCUGGUUCAGCCAGUCAGAAAGAACCUUUCCUGUGGGUGAAGAAGACUGACCUGCAGGGUUACCUGAAGCCAUCUUACUUGGAGAAAGUUGACCGCUUCAUACUCAACCUGUGAUCUGAUGAGAGCUGAGGGAGAAGAUGUGAUGAGAGGUUACGGAUGUCUUGUUAGAACGUCCUCGUUGACGUCAUUUUUCUGUCACAGCACCUGUUGUGUUCUCCUGCCCAUCCACUUUGUGUGUAAGAUGAUUAAAGUGUAUCAGUUGUUCCAACAUAUAAACCAUUCAGAGUGUUGUCUGUAGGCCUGUAUCCCAGAGGAUAGAAAGCCAGUCUCUUUGCUUGUGUGUUGUUCUAUGCAGACGGUGUAUUGUCCUGUCCACUAGAUGGCAGUAGUGAGACAGAGGCUGGUCAGAACAGUGUAUUGUCCUGUCCACUAGAUGGCAGUAGUGAGACAGAGGCUGGUCAGAACAGUGUAUUGUCCUGUCCACUAGAUGGCAGUAGUGAGACAGAGGCUGGUCAGACAGUGUAUUGUCCUGUCCACUAGAUGGCAGUAGUGAGACAGAGGCUGGUCAGAACAGUGUAUUGUCCUGUCCUCCACUAGAUGGCAGUAGUGAGACAUAGGCUGGUCAGAACAGUGUAUUGUCCUGUCCUCCACUAGAUGGCAGUAGUGAGACAGAGGCUGGUCAGAACAGUGUAUUGUCCUGUCCUCCACUAGAUGGCAGUAGUGAGACAGAGGCUGGUCAGACAGUGUAUUGUCCUGUCCUCCACUAGAUGGCAGUAGUGAGACAGAGGCUGGUCAGAACAGUGUAUUGUCCUGUCCUCCACUAGAUGGCAGUAGUGAGACAGAGGCUGGUCAGACAGUGCCUCUAUAUUCGGCCCAGAGAACAUAGGGAUGGAUGCACACAGACCCUCUCAGAUUCAACUGUCCCUUCACUAAUGAUAGAAAUAUCACCUUUUCCACUGGUGUAAAGUACUUCAGUAAAGAUACUUUAAAGUUCUACCUAAGUAGUUUUUUAGGGGUAUCUGUACUUUACUUUAAUAUACAUAUUUUUGACAACUUUUACUUCACUAUAUUGCUAAAUAAAAUAAUAUACUUUUUACUCCAUGCAUUUUCC